ACUACAGUAGAGCAUACUAAUAUUUAUAAUUGAACACUUUUUUUUCUUGUUUUAAUAAAUACUUACUACAAACAUCCCUCAUGGAGAAAUCAUACUCUUUUUUUCUUUCUGUUGUCUUGCAAUUACUCUGUUUCUUAGAGGCCACAAAUACAAGCACUGAUCAAUCUGCUCUUAUUGCCUUCAAACACAGAGUUACUCUAAACUCUUCUCAUAUGAGUUUAAUAUCCCAAAAUUGGUCUUCUCAAGUUUCUGUUUGCGAUUGGAUUGGAGUCACUUGCGACCCUCGCCACCAUAGGGUGACUGCAUUGAAUGUAUCCAACAUGGACAUUUAUGGGUCAGUUCCGCCACAAUUGGGAAACCUCUCGUUUCUUGUUUCUCUAGAUGUGAGCAGAAACAAUUUCCAUGGACACCUACCUCAAGAUUUGUCUAAUUUACGUAGACUGAAGGUGAUGAAUCUUGGAUUCAAUAAUUUCAGUGGAGAAAUUCCAACGUGGUUUGGUUUCUAUUCUGAGCUUCAGAUGUUAAUUCUUGAUAACAACAGUUUCAAGGGUAUACGUCCUGCUUCUAUUUCUAACCUGUCUAGGUUAGAAACUCUCAGUGUUGGAUACAAUCAACUCCAAGGCGAUUUUCCCAAAGAUAUCGGCAACCUUCAGAGUCUGAAGGAGUUGGUUUUAGUCAAUAACCAACUUACUGGCUCUAUUCCAUUCUCCAUUUUCAACAUUUCCUCGUUGGAAAUUAUAGCGCUCACAAAUAAUCAUUUAUCAGGGAGUCUUCCUGUAGAUAUAUGUUGUCGUCUUCAAAGAAUAAAGAGCAUUGUAAUCAUUUCCAACAACUUGAGUGGUAAAAUUCCAACAGGUUUGUCUAACUGCACAGAAUUGUAUGAUUUGUCACUGUCAUACAAUAGCUUCACUGGGACUAUUCCACCAGAAAUAGUAAACUUGGAGAAGCUUCAGUUCUUAAACCUUGGGGGAAACAACUUGCAAGGCACAAUUCCUGCAAAGAUUGGUAAUUUACGGAAGUUGCAGGAAUUACAACUGGAGAACAAUCACAUCGUGGGUUCAAUACCGCGCACCAUAUCCAACUUAACAUCACUUUAUUCACUUAACUUCAACACCAACAAUUUAUCAGGCAUUAUACCCAGAGAGAUUGGGAAUCUUCACAAAUUGAAGAGAAUUCGUUUGCAAUAUAAUCAAUUAAGUGGUACUAUACCAGAAGAGCUCUUCAAUAUCUCUACGCUAAUAAGGGUGUCACUUGGAAACAAUAACCUUUCGGGAAGCCUUCCAUCUGCUUCAGGCUACCGGCUAACAAAUCUGGAGGUUUUGCAUUUGGGUCAUAACAGCAUUGGUGGAGUUAUACCCAGCUCAAUCUCCAAUUCUUCAAAUCUAAAGAAAUUACAUCUUUAUAAAAACAAAUUCAGCGGCCCAAUUCCUAACUCAUUGGGGAAUUUGAGGCAUCUUGAAGGUCUGAAGUUGUUCAAUAAUAACUUAUUAUCUCCGCAUCUAAGUAUCAUUGCUUCCUUGGCGAGCUGCAGAUCUUUGAUAGAAGUACAAUUAGGGGAUAAUCCUUUGAAUGGUGUUCUUCCAGAUUCUGUUGGCAAUCUCUCCACUUCUAUGGAAAUAUUUGAUUUAGAGCGUUCUGAAAUUAGAGGCCAGAUACCAUUAGGAAUUGGGAAUUUAAGUAACUUAAUCACUUUGUACCUAUCCAAUAAUGACUUGACUGGAUCAGUGCCAACAACAUUCUGUGAUUUACACAGUCUUCAAGGGGCAGUACUUGCUAAUAAUAGGUUAAGUGGACCCUUGCCAGAGUGCCUUUGCAAAUUAUCAUCCAUGAGCUUGGUUAAUUUGUCUUAUAAUCGGAUUUCGGGUCCAAUACCAUAUUGCAUUGGUAGUGCAACCUUUUUGAGACACAUUUAUCUAAAUUCAAAUAGGAUCACCAACAUACCCAUGAGUAUUUGGAGCCUCAAAGAUCUUUUGGAUCUUGACUUGUCAAAUAAUUCCUUGGUUGGUUCUUUGCCACUUGAUUUUGGAAAUUUGAAUGCCAUAAAACAUGUAGAUCUAUCGAAGAAUCACCUUUCUGGAAGUAUUCCCUCCUCAAUUGGAAAUUUGCAGAGACUAGAUUAUCUUUCUUUGGCUUAUAAUGAGUUACAAGGAUCUAUUCCGGAGUCAUUCGGGAAAAUGAUAAGUUUGGAAUCGGUGAAUCUAUCCAAUAAUAUUCUUUCAGGUACGAUUCCAAAAUCAUUAGAGUCACUUCGAUAUCUGAAGGAUUUCAAUGUAUCAUUCAAUAGAUUAGAAGGUGAAAUACCAAGUAAAGGACCUUUUCUCAAUUUCACCUCUCAAUCUUUUAUGGGAAAUGAAGAUUUAUGUGGCGGUUUGCUUUUCCGACCAUGUAUGACUUUUCGUCAUUCAAGUAGAAGCAAACUGAUUCUGAUUAUACUUGUCCCAAUGGGAGCUACAGUAAUGGUACUUGGCUCGAUAACUGUGUUUAAGUUAAGGAGACGUGGGAAUAGAAAUGUUCCAACUCAAGCCGAAUCCUUUCCUGCAACAACAUUAGCAAGGAUUUCAUACAUUGAAAUUGAAAGGGCAACUCAAGGGUUCGACCAAUGCAACUUUCUAGGCUCUGGAGGUUUUGGCUCUGUUUACAAGGGCAUGUUUGCAAACGGGAUGACUUUGUCAAUCAAAGUGUUUAAUCUACAGGUUGAAGGUGCAUUCAAGAGUUUUGACACUGAAUGUGAAGUUCUACGCAACCUUCGCCAUAGAAAUCUUACCAAAGUUAUCAGCAGUUGUACUAACUUGGAUUUUAAAGCAUUACUUCUAGAAUACAUGCCAAAUGGGAGCCUCGAGAAAUGGUUACAUUCUGAUGAUCACUUCUUGAAUAUGAUCCAAAGAUUACACAUAAUGAUCGAUGUUGCAUCAGCUUUGGAAUAUCUCCAUCAUGGUUAUGCAACAGUCGUUGUACAUAGUGACCUGAAACCUAGCAAUGUCUUGCUAGACGAAAGGUUGGUUGGACAUGUGAGUGACUUUGGAUUGGCCAAGUUAUUAGGAGAAGGGGAAUCAAUUGCUCAUACUAAAACACUUGCUACAUUGGGCUACAUCGCACCAGAGUAUGGAUUGGUGGGAUUAGUUUCAACAAAAUGUGAUGUGUACAGCUACGGCAUUAUGCUCAUGGAGACAUUCACAAGGAAAAAGCCAUAUGAUGAAAUGUUUCAAGAAAAUUUGGGCAUGAGGAGUUGGGUCUGUAGUUCACUACCUUCAACACCAGAGGAUAUUAUUGAUGCCACUUUAUUGAAACCAGAAGAGAUUGAUUUUAAGAAAAAGUUGCAUUGUGCGUCCUCUAUCUUUGAGUUGGCAUUGAAUUGUACAUCUGAAUCUCCUAAUGAGAGGAUGAACAUGAAAGAUGUCCUGGAAAGUAUCAAGAAGAUCCUGUUGGAAUUUCUUCGCAAUUGAUGUAGCAAGGUUUAUGCGAUGGUAAAUAUAGAUCCAACUUUUAAAAAUAUUCUGAGGCCGUCUGGAUAAAUUAUUUCCUUAUUGAUCAGGAAUAGAAAUGAUUGUUGUCUUGUCUAUAUCAUAUACUAUAUAGAAUUGGAACUUAAUAUUGUGCUUGCUAUUCUCAUUAUUACUUUCUGAGUUCAAGGAAAAAUUCAUUAGUGAGUAACAUAUAAUUUUAUAAGGAGUAGAACCAACAUUUUUUCUAUGGAAUUUAAUUGGGAUGAAUGUUGAAAAGUGAAGUAAACAACUCAAGUCUCCGCUUCUAUUAAUAAAUUUUUGCGUGUGCUGUACCAACUCAAAUUUGAAC